AUGGGGUGCUGCCAAGGGGACUGCUUCACCUGCUGCGGCCAAGAGCAAGAGUGCUGUGAAACGUGCUGCUGCCAGCCCUCCUGCUGCGGCUGCUGUGGUUGCUGCUGCGGCUCUGGCUGCGGAGGCUCUGGCUGCGGAGGCUCUGGCUGCGGAGGAGGCUGCUGUGGAUCUUCUUGCUGUGGGGGAGGCUGUGGCGGCUGUGGAGACUGCGGCGGCUGUGGCGGCUGUGGCGGCUGUGGCGGCUGUGGCGGUGGCUGCUGUGGGAGCUGCUGUGGCUCCGGCUGCUGUGGCUCCACGGGGUGCUGCGGCCCUGUUUGCUGCCAGCCCACACCUGUCUGUGACACGAAAUGA